AUGAAAAUAAGCAAAGCUAAGAUUGAGGUCACAUCAGUUUGCCGUCAAAACCAGGAUUUUAAAUAUAAAGGAGGCAUUAUCAAAGAGGAUGGAAAAUGGAUAGUGAGUUGGACGGGAAAUUGAUAGAGUUGGAGACAAUAAUGAAGCUAGCAAAUGCACUCAGCUCCCAAAUCGCCCCACUACUGCGUCACUCAAGAAUAAAGAUGGAGACCAAAGCCAGAACUAUUAAGGCCUCACACCUUGCGUCAAUC